AUGGAUGAGACGGACAGGAUAGACACGGGCAGGAUGGACGACUCUGAGAGCACCGUAGAACUCGCCGCACGCAAGCCCCUGCCGCCUUCGUCCUCGACUGCGACCUUAGACGUAGACAGUCUUGAACAGGAACCCCCAUCGCGACCAUCGACCGCAUAUCGAGUCCCUGGCACGCCCAGCAACCCGCACGAUGAUCACGACCAGGACCAGGGCCAGGGCCAGGGCCGCGACUACGACCACGACGUGCCCACGCCCACGCGCCCAACGUCGUCCGAGCCACGCACCGUCCUGAGAGCCGAUAAUAUUCCUAAUCUUCGACCUCCAAGCGGCUUGCGACACCAGACACAACCACAGCAGAUUACACAAGAACAUGCUGGCAGCGCUGGCGACCACAGCUUUGCCGAAGGCCUCAGCGCACUACCCGAAACCGAACACAACGACUCCUAUACUGCGCAAAUGGUCAGAAGGCAGCUGCAGGACAUCGAGUCCAGCUUCACCACCCCGAUCUCCCCUCUCCCUACUGUAAACUCCCUCGGCUUGGACGACACCUUCGUCUUCGACUCUCCUUCAAAGCCUCCUAAACCACCAGGCGGUUCCGCUCCCGCCCCUGCUGCAGCUUCCACAAGAUCGCCUGUUCCUCCUCAGCCGACCCACGACGAACCCUCCCUGCCUCACAUCCCUCCGCCAGCCGAAUCUAAUCAACCGAGCCCCGAGCCCAAGAGAGAGCCAGCAUCCGACCAGCUCCAUGUCCCAGAAGGCACAUCUGCCCUGGAGGCUUUCUCGUCCUCCCCGACCGGGGCCACCACCGCGCGCACCAUCUCACGAGCAAUGUCCAGGAUUAGCAAUGGCAACAACAACAACGCGCACGCUGAUGACAGCCAGCCUCUUCAAGAAGAGGGCAACAGCUUCCUAGAGCAUGAUACCUGGAUGGACGAGUCUCUGCUCCGACCAGGCAAUACCUCGGGGAUUUCAGGCACUUCGGGAGCUUCAUCACAACGGCAACCAGACAAGGGCAUACCGAAAAUCAGUGUCGAUGCGGGAAGCACGCCGGGUCAUAGCCUGAAGAGCGGGAAGCGGCCGAAAUACUUGCGUAGUCGCAUGGCAAGCCACCACUCUUCCUCGUCCUCCUUCAACGACGAUGUCGAAAGUGACGUGACCGCCGGUACGGCAGGCGGGCUCGGUGUCGAUUAUGCUCUGCAGUCUGGCGGCGCCGUUCCAGCGUUGGGCACGUCGCGAAACAGCAGCAUGAGCAACAUUGUCACGCGGCAGAUAAGCAUGGGCAGCAUGGCGUCUGACUUUCGGGAAGACUCGACAGGGAGGAUUGGUGUCGAGCCACUCGAACCUCUGGACGAAUACGAAGGCAUGUCGUCCGAUAAUCCCAACGACGACAGGCUCAAGACCCCGAAGGCUCCGAGGCAGUCCUUGACCGAACCAACCGACACGGCUAUCGCCCGACACGUUAGAAACGUACAGGUACCCGAGUCGCUUGCGAGAGAAUACCGGAGCAAGACUGGCUUUGUCACACCCAGGAGGAAGUUGUCUGAGGUGAAUCUUGGCGCGAGUGCGAGCACCACCCGUACCGGCAAGAACCUCACUCUCAAGGAGCAGAGCAGCACCAUAGAACGGCUGUCCAAGGAGAACUUUGACCUCAAGCUCAAGGUAAUGUUCUUGAGCGACCGCCUUGACAAGCUUUCCGAAGAAGGUAUUAAGGAGAUGAUCUCGGAGAACGUGGAGCUCAAGACUAGUGUUGCAGUCAUGCAGCGCGACAACAAGGUCCUCCGCCGCCGUGUAAAAGAGCUCGAAAAGAAACUCAAGGAUGAAGAUGAGCGUCCCGAUACGGCCAAGAGUGGUGGAUCCUCAGGGCCUGUGCCGGAUGACUAUGAUGCACAAGCUAACGAGGAAGAGCUCAUCUACCUCCGUGAGCGUGUCGACGAGUUUGUAACGGAGAUUGAAAAGCUCAAAGAAGAAAACAUGAACAAGGAGGCAGAGAAGAGACGUAUGGCUGAGAUGGUCAAGAACCUACAGUCUAUCAACGAGAACCGUGUGGGUGAAUCUCUCGGCCAAGAUGAUGAGACGGAAGUGUGGAAGGAGCUGUACUCGCAGGAGACUGCACGCCGAGAGCAGGCAGACGAGGAUAACAAGAGAAUGGGCGACGAAAAUCGCAGCUUGCGCGAUGAGGUCUUCCGAUUAAAGCAGGAAAUGGCCAACAGCACAAACAAUCUCGGAGGGCGUCCAUCGUCUCAUGCAUCACACCCCUCAGGAAUGAGCCACACUACGAAUAUUUACAACAUCACCAAGAAGAGCCGCCCCCAGUCACCUUCAAGGCCGCAAACACGCAUGUCCGAAGCCGACACAAUGAACGGAGCAAUGAGUGUCAGCGCCUCCCUGAUGGAGGAGCUCCGUCGUGAGAGCGAACAGCUGCGGCAUGAGAAUGCCGAGCUGAGACGCGAGGUCGGUGCGCAAACGUCCAUGCUGACGUCAAGAAAUCGGGAGAAAGAGAGGCUAUACCAGGAAAUUGAGGAUUUGAAGAUGGCUGCUCGCCGCGGUGGCCCCACGCCCUCAACCAUCGACAGCCUUCUCGACAGGUCCGCGUCCCGGGCUGGUGUUCAUGACCGGCCGCAAUCCCGUGGCAGCGGAAUGACACGUACCGCCACUUUGGACGAAGACCCCGAACGGGAGGAGCUCGAGAACAAGUUGGCCGAGCUGCGAGACAAGCUAAAUGAGGUCAAGAUGCAGAAUCAGGACCUGCAACAAGAGCUCGGCAAUUACAUGCAGGAAUACGAGGCUGAAUUGGAAGGCAGGAAGCAGGCCGAAUUAGUAGUCCAACAGCUUCAAGAGGAGCUCGAGGCCACCCAGAAUGACCUACUCAUGUUGCAGCAGGAACGCGACGACCUUCUCCAAGAGAAUUCUGGGUUGGAUCAUGAGUUCAAUGCCUUGCGGGAGGAGGCACAGGACGAAAUAGACCACCUGGAGGCCGAGACCGAGCAGCGAGACCAAGAGAUUGCGCGACUUAACCAGGAACUUGCAGAGCGAAACGAAAACCAAGAGGCUCUACAGGAAGAGAUGCGCAGGUUGAGUGAGGACAUGAUACGCUUUGAAGACACACAAGAAACACAGCUCCAACGUAUUCAAGAGCUAGAAACAGAACUUGGCGAGGCGAACAAGGAGCUGGAAGAUCUAGAGGCCAAACUUCUCGAGGCCAAUGAUAAGGGUCAAAGGCUUGGUAUCCAGCUCGAAUCCACCCAAGGCGAGAUCGCCUUCCUCCGGGAAGAACAAGAGGGCGACAAGCUGCGUAUCGGCGAUUUGGUCGGCCAAUUGGCAAACACUGAGCUUGCACUCCGAGAAGAGAAAGAAAGGGUUAAGGAGCUGGAGAACCAACUUCAAGCGGAGCGACACCAGCGCGAGAUCGUGGCGAACCAGGAGAAGGAGGAUGUGCAGCAAGUGGUUAACAACCUCAACAGAGAGAUGUCUACGGCCAAGGACGAAGCAAGGAAGCUGCGCAAGAGCCUUUCCAGGCAGGAGAUCGAGGCCGCGGAGUGGAAGGAACGACUGUUGGAGCUUGAGAAUAAUUUGAGGGAGGCGCUGGGUGAUCUCAACGGCACGAGAUCCAGCUUCCUCAGGGACAUCACUAAGCUUCAAAACGAUCUUGAUACUACGUGCCGUGAAUUGGACGCUACUCGCGCUUCUCUCAAUGAGAAGGACCAUCUCAUUAAGCAGCGCGACGAACUCCUUGAGAGCCACGCCCUUGAAUCCCGUCGGCUUGGUGACACUCUUGCUAAAGAACAACAAGCGCACCGCAACACAAAACAUCAGUUUGAAACAUAUCAAAAGACACAGCAGCACGUUCACGGCACUAUGUCUUCUGCUGAACUCCGCAUUAAGGAGCUAGAGGCCAGCAAGAGCCAGGACAAGCAGCGGCUGACCAAGCUUGAAUCGUCCCUCAAGGAACAGCUCAACGAGCGCAACAGUCUCCUGCUCGUCCUGUGGACACGUCUGUCAAGCCUUUGCGGCACGGACUGGGCACACGACAACAGCCUCAUCAGUGGCCGCGCCCUGCCGUCUCUGGAGUCCGUAGCUACCAUGCUACCCGGGUUCAGCAAAAACCUCCUAGCUGCCGUCAGGACCAUCGAGUCGAUUGUCAGCAAGUUCCAAGACCGGGUCAAAUCUGUCGAGCGCGAGCUCUGGCGUGAAUACCAGCACCUCGAAGACAGCCUCGACAAGCGCGUCAAGAAGCUCGAUAAGAUCGAGUCUAUUGUUCGCAACGGGGUGGCCACGGGGUCGAUCGGUAUCGCGGGGCAAAUGAGCCAAGCGCUUCUCGAGGAGCAGAAACAGCGCAUGGCGAAGCUUGAAGAUGCAUACCGCCAGCUGAAGGUGGAGAACGCGACCCUCCGCACAGCCAACGAAGUCCGCCACGCGAUGCUUGACCCUCGGGCAGAGAGGGGACUCGAUGACGGCGGGAGCCCCAGCCCGAGCAUACCCACCGGCCCAACAGGACGAGCCAGGUCAGGUGAGAGGGGAAGCCAGCGCAGUGAACGAAGCCGUCAGAGUUCGCGUCACGUCAGCGGUGGCGCCCCAACGACUUCGAGUGGGUCGUCGACGCACCGUGCGACGAGCCGAACCUCUACUAUGACCCGGGAGACUAUAACGAGAGAAAGAUCAUACGGGGCAGAAAACGAGAUCACAUCUGCGCAGGACGUGAUCAACGAGUUUGACCCACCUCAGAGCAGCCUCAGCAAUCACAACAAGCGCGAUGUGACAUCGGCGGCAGGCUCUCACGGGCCCCUCUCGCCCGGAGCGCCUCUGGACGCAGAGAUCAAGUGGAUGCACCGUCUGAAGGACAUGGAGAUCAAGCUGAAGGCCGAGAGGGAGGGUCGACGGCUCGACCGUAAUGAGGCCAGCCGCAAGAUCAUCAGUCUCGAGGAGGUGGCGCUGCAGGCGCAGGCACGGGAGGCCAAGUUGGACAGGAAGCGGCGGAUGGAGGCUGCGCUGUCGCUGGCGGGCAGGGACAAGUCGGGUGGUGGGAAGAGGAGUCCUAGUGCUGGCGGGGUCUAG